UAGCUAGUGAUUCUUUAUUCUACAAAAAUUUUCUCAUCACUCAUUUUUUACAUUUCUUUUCCAUACUUAGUAGAAAAAUAAAAUGGCUUCUUCUCGUGUAAUCUUGAUCUUUUCCAUUUCCAUAGUUUUGCUUUCCUCAGUUACAAUGGCUACGGAUCAUAUUGUUGGUGGUGAUAAGGGUUGGACUGUUGAUAUCAAUUACACUCAAUGGGCUCAGGAUACUGUUUUUCGUGUUGGUGACAAUCUUGUUUUCAACUAUAACCCUUCUUUCCACAAUGUUUUCAAAGUUAAUGGCACUUUAUUUCAAAACUGUACUUUUCCGCCUGAAAACGAAGCGCUUUCAACCGGAAAAGAUAUCAUUCAAUUGAAAAUUGAAGGGAGAAAAUGGUAUGUUUGUGGAAAAGGUGAUCAUUGUGUUGCUCGUCAAAUGAAGUUUGUUAUCACUGUUCUAGCAGAAGCUGCACCUGCUCCUUCUCCUCCACCGUCUUCUACUGGCCACUAUGUUGUAUCAUCUAUGUUUGGAAUUGUCAUGGCAGCCAUGGUUGCUAUUGUAAGCAUCUUUGCAUGAAGACUUAUAGAAUAAAAAGAAGAAAAAUUGAGCAACGGCAUGGAAUUUAGGGAAGGAAUAAUUGUUGAUGUAAGAGUUUGUGUUAAAUUCUUUGGCAAGAUAUAUUGCCAUAGUGUUUUUU